UUCUUCUUUACUGUGAGUAAAAUCAAGCAUGGGGAGACUGUUCUCAAGUGAAAAGCUAUCCCUGCGAGAAGGCUGUGAAGUCGAAGUCUCUUACAAUAACAAUGUCAUUGAAGGCGUUUGGUUCAAAGCCAUUAUCGAGGCAAAACCGCCAACGAAUCCCAGUUCUGUAUCCAAGGAACUCUUUGUUCGGUUGCUUAAGGAUGACUCUUCCACUCCUCUUUGCGAAAUCAUACACAAAGCCUCGAUUCGACCCAUUCCCCCAAAAAGUGUGCAAGCUCUCAUCGAUAUCGAGAUAGGCACCAUCGUCGACGCUGAUUAUAAACAAGCGUGGUGGACUGGUUUUGUGGUCAAAGAGAUUAGUGAUGGCAAGUGUUUUGUGUUCUUUGAUUCACUCUCUGAUAUCAUUCUGUUUGAUAGAAAGCAUUUGAGGCCUCAUCUUGAGUGGGUCGAUAAGCAGAUAUCCUCAUGGUGGUUCACUGAAUCAACACGAAAUUCAGAGUUCUUGAAGCGGUUGGCUGAGGAGCCUAUGUUUAGUCCUGGAACAAUGGUGGAAUUGAGCUCUAAGAGAAAUGGAGAUGAGGUGGUUUGGGUUCCUGCUAUGGUUAUUAAAGAGUUUAAAGAGGAUGAUGGUGAUGACUAUAAAUAUAUUGUCAAGGAUAUGCCUUUGAUCGGCAAGAGUUAUGAGUCAAGACCCACCAAAACUGUCGAUUUGCGUAGUCUUAGGCCUAUACCGCCUUCCAUUCGGGUUGAAGAGUAUCAGUUGGAGGAAUUCAUAGAGGUGUAUAAUGAUGGUAUUGGUUGGCGUCAAGGACGAUUUAUGGAAAAUCAAGUACUAGUGAUGGGAAGUCUCUCUCAGAAAUGGUGUGUAUUGCUUAUGGAGGCUACAAAGAAGAAAAUGAUGUUCAAAAAAUCGGAUCUUAGGCCUUUGAAGGUGUGGGAAGAUGGCGUUUGGAAGAAAAGGGAAUUGUCUUCAACUCAGGGACCAGGAGAUGAGAUGGGUGAGUCUGUGAUGAAUGGAAAUGAAUUCGAUCCACCUGUAACUCCACCUCCGGGGAUAACUACAACACCGUUGAAACAGAUAGAGGCUGAAACUCAAAGAAAGAUAUUCUCCAAGAAGCCACUUCCAAGGAUCCAGAGGGGUUCGGGAAACGACUCAACACGAGAGAAUGAAAAUAGCAAAGAUAUUAAUCGAAAGAGGAAAAGAGAAGAUAACAUUUGCUCUGUUGCUCGUGUUGAGGAAGACAAAGCAAAGGAUACAACAAUGGUUUUGCCCUUUGAGAAGAAGUUACCAAUUUGGAAGACACUUGAAUCAAUGGAGGUAUUUAAAACAGUCCCACAAAGUCCUCAUUUCAGCUUAUUGGCAGAGACUAGAGAAGAAUCCCGUGAAAUGUUAGCGGUUGGUAUGAUGCUUACCUUUUCUGGUUUACUUGAGGAAGUUAAACUUCUGCCACUCAGCGAGACCAUAAGCUCAUUUAUAAGCGUCAGUAAGUCCUUGGCUGAGUUAGAGAAACACGGGUUCAAUGUAAAAGCAGCUCAGCUGCGGAUCUAUAAGCUGUUGACAAUUAAAAGUAUGCAAUCAAAGAAAAAGGAGGAACUCAAAGGCGCCAAGAAAGCGACCGCAGAGAAAGAGAGUGCAAAGGUUGAGAACGAGCGUAAGAUUCUCGAGCUGCAAAGGUUGAAUGAGGAGAUGGAGAAAGAGAUAGCUCAGAGUAAGUCAUGUGAAGCAAAGAUUGUCCAACAGCUUGAUGUUGUGAAGCUUGAGUUCCAGGCAACUACAUCGGCUCCGUGGUAGAAAAAGCAUUAUAUGAUCAUCUCUCUAUAAUGCAAUUAGAUUAUAUGCAGACAAAAAACACUUCGUUGGCCCUUUUGGAUGAUGAAUGGAUGUUUAGUCUCAACUUUUUGUGUUGUUCAGUGACACAAAUGGAAUGAUUAUGCUUAUUAGGGGUUUAUGUAUCUCUGUGAGUGGAUGAAAUUUUUAUUU